UCUUUCCAAUCGGACGGCUGAGCGCUACCGCGCGUUUUGGGACACUGAUAUUGGGACCCACAUGUCGGCCUCACGAUUCACGAAUCUCAGCAUCCACCACCGGACCGCCCUUUUGCCCCUUCUUCUAGCUCCGGCCGAGCUCGCCGCCGCUGCCGUAGUUGGGGCGAAUUCGGCCACGGAGCUCCGUUGCAGCGCCCGAGGAAAUCGUUCCCUGCGGCUGCGGGGGCUAUGGAUUCGGGCUCUGGGAAGCCCGAGGAGGUGGCCGCCUUCCAAAACAGCGAGGCCAAGCAGGCGAGGCUGCAGUCCAUGCUCGCCGCGCUCCUCGACGACCCCAUACUCGCGGACGUCCCCAGGAAGCCCUCCCUCGCUGACGUCGACACGCUGAUAAACCUCGAGCUCGGGAGCGCCAUGAGGGUGACCGUUGUCAAGUUGGACAACACCUCCUUCGAUGUUGCGGUGUCGAAUGCUGCCACGGUCAAGGAUUUGAAGCUAGCUAUCAGGAAGAAGAUCAAUGAGAUAGAACAAGAGAAGAUGGGGCAUCGUCACAUCUCGUGGAAGCAUGUAUGGGAUAACUACUGCUUGACACAUCAUAAUGAGAAGCUGGUAGAUGACAGUUCUGCACUUUCUUCCCACGGCGUCCGAAAUAACUCUAAGGUCUGCUUCUCACCACAUAUCAUGUCCAGAGUGCACCGGAAGCACUCUAGAAGAAGAAAACACCGCUUCUUCCAUGGUCUUAGCAAAAAACUGUGAUCACACCUCGUGAAUUUAAAGCUAGAGAAGCAAGCUGGCGCCAAGGCAUGAUGAACAUCAUCGUUUUCUCAUAAAAAUAGUGUGGUCACUUCUGAACUGAUAGGUUCUUGGGAUGUAUUACAGUGAUUUUUCAGUUUAACCGUCCGGGCUACACCUGUUCUAUAUUUCUCUAGAAGUCAGAGAAAUACACAAUCCACUCAUGUCUUGAACCUAAAGCAAGUAACAUUAUAGCCUUUAUGCGGAUCAGCAAAAGUAUGAUAUUCUGAACUGGAGGUGCGGUCACUUCAGAACUGAUAGUGUUUGAAAAGGUUCUAGCUAGCUAUGUUUGCAACGCAGGCCAUCAUGCAUGUAUUCUUGUUUAAGAGCUGUUCUGGUCGUGUAAGUUGUUGGAAAGUGAUCUAGUAAUUUUCACUUUAAUUGACUAGGCUAGGAGAGCGCCUGUAUAUUUGUCCUAGAGAAGUCAGUGAAAUGCAUAAUCAGACUCGUGUCUCA